UGGACAGUGACGUUUCCAUGGCGCUUGAAUAUGACAGGAAGUGAAGUUGGAAGUGACAUCACCAACAGUUGCACCGAUUCAGGAAUGAGGCAGAAAGAAGGGUUUGCGUUCUGUCACCGGGCGUUAAUGGAGGAGUGGUUUAAGAGGGGGGUGGUUAUAACAAAUAAGAUGAGUAAAUGGAGGCCUGAGCCGUUUUUAGUAGCUACACGGGCUAAAUUAAUAUAGCGACCUCUAGUGGUUAUAGUGGUUUUUAGUGGAAUAAUUGAUCUGAAAAGCAGAUUUCCCUUGCUACGUCCUGGUGAAACAGCCACAAACAGCCAUAUUUGGAUGUUAAUCUUUUUAUAUCUCUCUUUAUUUUUGCUUUGCAGUUUCCCCUCCCAUACAUUUUGGGGCUAAAAAGUCAACACCUGCAUGUAAUGAAGCAAAUAGGCCACUACUUGCCUUUUUUCUUAAACGGGAACAUGGACAGGCGGCUGGACUAAUACCUCAAAUUUGAUUGUGUUUUCUCAAGGCCUGGAAGGGAAGCACCUACAUGGCUGUCUCACAAAAGCAGGUCCAAACAUCCAAAAAAGAAAGGAUCAACAAAGAAACAGGAGAGCUGAGUGCAUCUGGUGAGGUGUCUGUCUCACUGGAUCUGAAGGUGGUGAACGUGGAGGGGUCUCGAAGUGACCCCCAGCCCUUGGAAAUACUCCAAGAACUACUGAGGGAACUAGACAUCCACAAGUGCUCAACUCCAGACCAUGACACGGAACAUGACAUUGCACGGCAGAGAGAAGCUCUUCUCGUGGAAGCCCUUUCUGUCCUUGUUCAGGUCGGAGCAGAAUAUGACAGGCUUGAUCAGGCAGAUGUUGAAGGCCUUGCAGUUCUAAUCGCAGACUCUGUUGUCUUUAACAUCCACAGUAGACUGGGAGAGCGACCUGCAGAGGUCGCUCGCGACGAGGUGGUUAACUUCUUCCGGAAGUCGGAUGAGAGCUCGAAUUUGGGAGUGGAAGAUGAUCUAGGAUGGCUGCUCUUGAAAUCUCUUUUGCUGCUGACAGCGGGUAGUUCUGACAUUUUGACAGUGUUGAACCCAGGUCUCCCUGCAACUCUGGGCAAAUGUUUGUACCUGCUGGUGUGCAUUCCUGCGAAGACGGAGAAGUUAACACUUGAGGAGACAUUUCAGGAGCUGCUUACUCAGGUCCUCGUCCAGCUUUGCAGGCUGCCUGAGCUUGUGGAAAACCUUGUUGAGACUCAAGAAGUUCAGUGUCUGAUCAUAGGUCUCACCUCGCUUUGGGAUCAAACCAGUCACUCAUGGAGGCAUCAAGCGUCACGCGUUCUCAGGGCAAUUUCUGCUGCAGGAACCAGCAACAUUACUCCAACACUGCUAGGCAAAAACUGCAUUCGUAUCUGUAUUCAGAAUCUGCUGCACAUUCGUGCAGAGGUUUCGGGUCCACUUCUGUCUGAGGUAGCAGUGGCAGUCUUCAGCUUCAUCAGAGACACCUACAAGCUCAGUCCUGACCUCUUCAACGAGUUCGACUCACACAAUGGCUACCAGGCUCUUGAGAGUAUUCUGAAGUGUUGCAAAGACGGCGUUCCUGCUGACCAGUUCCAGCCUGUGGAGGAGCUGCUGGCGCUCAUCGCGUCUUUCACCACUUUUGGAAAGUCCGAGCUGAAAGUGGCUCUUUGUAUCAGCAAUCCUCAACCUCCAGGGUUUAAAUUUGAUUCUCCACUCACUAAAGGCUCCUCAGUGAAGAAUCUCCCUGCCUUCAACCUGCUGCAGAACCUGUUGUUAAGCUCCCAAGAUUCGCCGCUCUGCUGCCAGAUCCUCCGUAAUGUGCAGACGAUAUGGGAGUGGGACACAGCCAACUUCUUCCUGUUGGAGUGGACCGUCCAGACCAUGUCACAGCUCACUGCCUGUAUUUGGAUUAAACCUCCACCUGUACAAAGAUUCUACUUUUCCAUGCUCGAAAUGAUCAUAUUGAAGCUGAACUACAUUCCCCAUGAAACACUGCGGGCUGUCCUUGGUCUCCUGAAGCAGACCUGGUCAGGGAAUCUGAUUUCAGGCCUGAGUGGAGUUGAGUUUGGGGUGUUGGCCCUUCAAUUUUUAUACAGGCUAACUCUUCACAGUGGUCUGGUAGCUGAGGUUCUGACUGACUGGGGUCUGCUGGAGUUGGUGCUUGGAGAGUUGCGAAGGAGAGCGAAGAUCCUCAGGAAGGCUAGAGUGACUUCUGCCCCUCUUCACUGCUUACAACAAGUUCAUUUGCAGGAUGGCGAGCAACAGCUCACCAUAUGUAUGCUUCAAGUCGUGUCGACACUGACGCUGCGGUCCAUCAAGAGCACUGUUGUUGUGCGAGAGCGUGGCAUGGUUCCGUACAUCAAGAUCUUUCUGGAUGCAGAUCAGUACCGAAGACUCGCUCUGAGCAUUUUGGAACAGCUAGCGGAGAUAAACCCAGACGAGUUUAUGAGCACUGCCAUUGGAGCCCUGUGCUCUUCUACACAGCAGGAGCUCAGUUUGAAACAAGAUCUUUUGAAGUCUGUUUUGAAGGUGUUGGAGAAUCCAAACAGUUGGGAUGCUUUCAGACGAGCCGGGGGAUUUGCUGGUCUGCUCUCUCUGGUGGUUGAUAUGGAAGGAGCUCUGGCCGACCCUCCCAUUGAUGAAGUGUGGAAGUGCCAUGGACAUGAAGCUCUGUUGGACCUCCUCCUCCUCACCCUCCACAUCUUAGCUGUAGCUGUCCAUCACCACACUGUCAACGCUCACCAUUUUCAAACUGGCGGCUUCUAUGAAAAACUUGCUGAAGCUCUGCAUCAAGUGGGCUGUUUCCACUCUGAAGGGCUCAGUAAGUGGGCUGAAGAAGAACGCUGUUUUUCCAGUCACCAAGAAGGGCAAAUAUCCUCAGGAAAAAGCUUUGAUCAGUUUGUGGAUUUGGCGGAAGCUUCGAAAAGCCAAUCCCCCAGCGGUGAUGACGCCCACCCAGAACUUCCACAAACUCUUCGGACAUGCAUCAGGCUACUCUCCUACCUCGACCAGUUUGCCACUGGCAUGUACUCCACACACAAUUUUACCUACGUCCAAGAGACUGAAGGGUGUGACGGAAAUAAAGAGAAACCAACUGGAUUAGCAGGAAAUGACCAUGUUUACUCCUAUUAUCCUGCACGACAGUCGUCUGUGAGCAUGUCCUCAGGCAGCUCAGAGACUCCGUACAGGUUCACCUGCGAUCAUGUGGUACUCCAUCCAGGGGCACUCAGGGUUUUUGUGACCCUCCUUCCAGUCGUAUUUACAACAGAUGACCCUCUGCUUUCCAUGGAGGUCCAGUUGUCCUUGGCAAACCACAUUCUGGCUGUGGUCAGAUCUGAGAGGAACCGCCAGAUCAUGUGCGAGGGGGGCCUAAUUCCCACUCUCCUGCUGCGCUGUAGACGCAUGUUGCUCAUGCAGGACCAUCCGUUACAUCUUCCUGUUACAUGCAUCCUGGAAAAACUUUCUUCCCAGGCCAUUACUCCUGCAGACUUCAGAAAGUUCUUGUGUCUUGGGGAACCUCUCUUGUGUUCCAUGGAGAAUGCUCCCACGCCACCAGUACCUGAUCAAGCUAAAACAACAGAGGCCAACCCCGCACCAGGCCCCAAAAGACUGAAGCGAACGAUCAGUCUUCUGCGCAACGAGUCCUCUGUGGGUCGAUCCUUUCCUCCCCACCAACUCAUCAGUCUGGUGUCUAUGACAUCACCACGCUCGUUCAGAUCACACCGUGUCUCCUCUUCACCUGCUUUUGUGGAGUUUGACAUGAGUGAGAGCGGAUAUGGUUGUCUUUUCCUUCCUACUGUGGCCACGGUGAAAGGAGUUUCUGCUGACUCAAUCCCAACAGGUGGCAUUGGAGGAGACUGCAGGGGCUUUCCUCCCACGGCAGGUCUGACGUUCUCCUGCUGGUUCCAGAUCAGUAGGUUCAGUUCUGCCUGUGAUUCUCACCCUAUCCGGUUGCUGACAAUCGUGCGCCACAUGUCCCGAACUGAGCAGCAGUACGUCUGUCUGUCCAUCUCCUUCUCGGCCUGCGAUGGGUGCUUGGUCAUCUCCACAGAAGAGGAGGCAUUUACAUACCUUGAUAUGAUGGAGCCUGAGGUUGGCAGCCCAACAUCCCUGCCUACUGCCCUGAGGUUGCGAUGCUCCAGCUUAUUGGUCCCUGGUCAGUGGCACCAUUUGGCAGUGAUCUUGACCAAAGGAGUGAAAAAGAGCUGUUUGACCUCAGCUUAUUUUAACGGCAAGGCACUGGGGUCUGGCAAGAUGAGGUACAUUCCGCCCUUUCCUGGACAGUAUGUGUCCAUGGAUCCCACUGCAGUGAUCGACGUGUACGGACUCAUCGGUACUCCUGCUUUCUGGAAGGAGCAUGCUGCUCUGGUGUGGCGUGUCGGUCCUUCCUAUCUGUUUGAAGAGCCGUUGAGCUCUGAAGCCGUUGGCGUUAUUUACAGUCAAGGCACCACCUACCUCGGCAACUUUCUGGCCCUGCGCAACGCUGGCCAGGACCUGGACGGUCCUUCUGCCAGGCUGGUUCCUGAGGAGAGGAUCUCAUUUGGCAUCAAUUUGGCAAUUAGUACUUCAACGACUGUGGCCCAGAUCAGAAGAGAUUAUAACGAAGUGGAUUGUCGACUGAUAGCGAAAGAGAUGGGAAUAACGUCACGAGACGAGUCCAGUCCAGUGUUCUUGGCUCGAAACAUCAGUCAGCACUUGAAUGGGACCGCACGCACUAUCGGUGCCGCCCUGGUGGGACAUUUUGGUGUGCGCACGUUCACUCCUCACACUGCUUCCAAUGGAUUUUUUCUCAUGGGUGGGCCUGAGGUGGUCCUUAGCCUGGUCGCAAUGGCACCAGACGACAGCUCCUUGUAUGCAGCGGUCAAAAUACUUCAGUCAGUGCUGGAGACCAACUCUGCGAUGCAACUGGAAAUGAACCGCAUCAGUGGAUUUAAAAUUCUAGCUUUCCUUCUGAAGAUGAAGAACAAUCUAGUCAGACAAAGGACACUACAGCUGGUCAUGCACCUCUGCAGUUCAGUCGAGCUGAGCCCCAGCAGUUUGGGACUCUCACCAGCUUUUCAGGCUUUGCUUUUAAAUCUGGAGGUGUGGCAGAACACGUCUGAAAAUCUGGAUCUAGCAGUUCUGAAACAUUUUGUUGACCUCCUAAGCUCCUCAAGAGAUGACGGGAAGACUGUGGCUGCCAUGCACCGUCUGGACCUGAUACCAAAGCUGCUGUUCCAGCUUUCCCAAACUGAUGUGACCUUUGAAAAGGUUAAGCUGAUUUCCUGUGUCGCGACAAGUCUCUUAAAAAAUCAUUUCACCACUCUGGACGUCAAAAGACUUGGAGUCUUCCUGUUAUGGACUUUACCUCCUUCAAGCAUCACCACUCCUGAGGACUUUCAUCUUUCCUGUGAAGGCAAAGCUCAGAGUCUUGGUCCAGCUAGUGUUAUCUGGAUCCGGAACCAGCUGCUACUUGUACUGUGUGACAUCCUCUGCUGCGACAGCCCUGAGUUCAAAACUCAGCAGACGGCUUUGUUUGACGCCCUGGGCAGUGAUUGGUUCCUGUUCUUCUUGAUGCCUCAUCUUCAUCAGUCCACUGUGGAGUUGGGACUUGUUCUCCUCACACAUUUUCUAUCCAGUAGCUCUCAGCUGAGCAACUUCAGAGAGGUGCUGGUUCCAGGCACCAUCAUCAGGGCCUUGGAGGAGCCAUGUGUUGUCAUGGACAACCUACGGGCUCAUCACGGUGAGCAUGAAUGCUUCAGCCGUAUAUGCCAGGGGUUCGAGGUCUUACAAGGCUUGCUGCUUCAACACUGUCACCUGCCGCCUGUCUAUGAAGCUUUGGCCUGUCUUCUGUUGGGCCGAAAGGCCAGUCACACCAGAGAAGCACAGUUAGGUUUGGAUCGGGGCCUGCAACUGCUCAUUGACAGUCAAGGAGAGAACCCUGCUGUUCAGCUGUGUGUUGAGGCUGCAACAAUCAUGCUGGAGUUGAUCAAAGUCAUUGUCACACAAAAAGAGCCAGGGGAAGGCACAUCUCAGGAGCCUCAGUUGCCUGCGAGUGUUAUGCAGUUUUUUUGUUUACUGCACAACUGCCGUCCCAGAGAUCCGCUGUGGAGAGCCCCCGAGUUUCUGCACAUGCUGGCGGCGAUUGUUUUUCCUAAUAAUGGAUCAGAGGAGAAUUUGCAGAAUGGGGAAUGUUUUUCACCAAAGAAGCCAGUAUAUGACUUCAUCCAAAUUCUGCUGAUGGACAGUUUCCUGAAUGUUUCCGUCGACAGCAGCUCACAUCCUUUGGUGUUGCUGUUAGAGUUCGCCCCUGAUGGAGCAUCGUUCGAGCAGCAGAAGAGUUUUCAAACUAAGACGCUGGAGUUGAUCAUGAACAUCAUCCACAUUCUGCACUAUGACGAGCAGAACUGCAACCACCUCAUCUCACAAGAUCAGAGAUCCGACACACAGACUGACAUAUUGAUGGAAAAUGUGGUGCUCUUCUGCAAAACUCUGCCGCUGAAACUUUACAGUGGAACAUUCCUGGGAGACCCGGAGUGUUUGCUCCACUUCCUCGCUGAUCAGAUUGUGGUGGCUCUUGAACAAGGCCAAACUCAGAAAGAGAAGAUGGUGUCUGCGCUGUACUCAUGCACUAAUAAAGUUCUGCUCCACCUCCUCUCCCUUCCUCGACAAUCUCAAGAGGAAAAGGAAGUCAUCAUCAGGACGUUGCAAACCCUUGAGAAACGCUGGGAUGUCAUCAUGGCAACUUACAACGCUAAUGUCAACUUUGUCACGUGUCUUCUUCAUUGUCUGCUACUGAUCCGAUCUGACAGUUAUGUGGGAGGCUUUGGUUUGAUGGGACGAAUGCAAAGUUUCAACAAAACAACAAAAGACGUUUUACUUCGAAACAAAACCAGCCCUGUGAAUGGAGUAGAUUCUGCGAAGGAUGAAAUGAUUGGCCUUGCAAAGGUCUGCUGGGUUAAGGUGAUGAAGGAGCGACAGCAGAUACUUGAGGACACAUAUAAGAUUGAGAUCUCAGCGAGUCAAGGCAAUGAGAAACGUCCAGUCAGCAUGACUGACAUCAGCCCACUGUGGGAGGAAACGUCACUGAAGGCCUGGAAGCUCCUCACAGAGGAAAUGGAGAAGAAGAUGACCGCAGGAUCUCAGAAUACGUUUGACAGGAUCACCACUGUGGUUCGCUCUGCCUUAGGAAAACAAAGCCGCGAAACAGUCACAGUGGCGGACUUCCUGUCCUGUAUGGAGUCACAUCGACAGAGAGGACACAGCAUGUACGAGAAUAUGAGGACCAGUCACUCUCAGGUACAAGCCAGUGAGUGGAAAUGUUUGAACACUAAAUGGUUGCGAGUAGAGACCGAGCUGCUCCGGGAGAGAGCCGUGUUUGGACCUGGACCAGGGGUCUUUCUGAAGCACGACUGGGUACAAGAUGCAGUGGAGGGACCAAACCGGACCAGAUGUCGGAUCAGAAGGAACACGUUGCGACUGUCCAAACAGGUGUUGGGAAAUCUAUGCAUCGGUUUGAGGAUGGGGGCAUCUGAUGAGUAUAGCUUGAAAGAGCACAAGAUUCUUUGUGAAGUUGGGGCUGAGGUCAAAGAGAAGGGUGAUGAUGGAAGACAGGAGGACUGUGAUCAUCUGACCUUCUUCCCUGUUUUGAAUGACAACCCGGCUGUCAGCGAAUGUCCACUGGACCCCAGUGCACCAGAACCUUGCUCCCACUCACCAGACUGUCCUGAAAUUCUUGUCAUCCUGCAGGAGCUUCAUCCCGGAGAGGAGGUAAAUGCUAAGAUGUGUGUUGUGAUGGUGAGCGGCCUCAAGGUGUCGGAGGGUGUGCUGCUGUUUGGGAAAGAGAGUUUGUUCAUCUGUGAGGGCUUCACUCUCAGUCCCUGUGGAGACGUUUGUUGUCGAAAACACCAUCCUAGCAGUGUGAAAGAUUCGUACAUCUCCUCCAUGCUGAGUAAAGAGCUGACGGCCAGCUGCAAACACUGGCUCUACGAAGAUAUCAAAGAGGCUCGCUUUUUACGGUUCCUUUUGGAGGACAAUGCGAUAGAAGUCUUCAUGAAAAAUGGACAUUCUGCUCUUUUGGUUUUCCUGAAUCGAGAUCACGUUUCAGCGUAUAAAAGGUUGUGCAGAGUAGCACCAGCAUUGAAAGGCAGAGGAACGGCAGACGUACUCGCCAACGCCAAGAAAACCCCUGUGGUUGAAAAGACGUCUCUUGUCAAGUGGCAGAGAGGAGAAAUAAGUAACUUUGAGUACCUUAUGCAUCUCAACACCCUCGCUGGGAGAACUUAUAAUGACCUCAUGCAGUACCCAGUGUUCCCCUGGGUCCUAGCAGACUACCAUUCAGAGACACUUGAUCUCUCCAACCCUGCAACUUUUCGAGAUCUGUCCAAGCCCAUGGGUGCUCAAACGGAGAAGAGGAAGCUGAUGUUCACCCGAAGAUAUGAAGAUAUGGCGAACAGCGCGGAGGAAGGGGAUCUGCCGGCGCCCUGCCACUACUGCACUCACUAUUCCUCCGCCAUCAUAGUUUCCUCCUUUCUGGUGAGGAUGGAGCCGUUUUCACAUACCUUCCGCACGCUGCAGGGAGGCUUCGACGUCCCCGAACGCAUGUUUCACAGUAUCAGGUUAGCGUGGGAGUCCGCCUCCAGAGACAACAUGACGGACGUCAGGGAGUUGGUACCAGAGUUCUUCUACCUCCCUGACUUCCUGCAGAACUCUAACCACAUGGAACUUGGUUGUUUGGAGGACGGAACUGCUCUGGGUGAUGUGGAGCUUCCUCCAUGGGCGAAAGACGACCCCCAGGAGUUCAUUAGAGUUCAGCGAGAGGCCUUGGAGAGCGACUACGUCAGUUCCCAGCUGCACUUAUGGAUCGACCUGAUUUUUGGCUAUCGCCAGCAAGGCCCCACUGCAGUGGAGAGCGUGAACACGUUUCAUCCCUACUAUUACGCCCAAAGAGGUCGACAAGAUGUGAAAGAUCCUCUCAUAAAGAAGACAAUUCUGGGAUAUGUUAGCAACUUUGGCCAGAUUCCCAAACAGCUCUUUACAAAGCCCCACCCUCCUCGCAGUGGCACGAAGAAAGAAGCGUCUUCACAGACUUUCCCCAGUCCCUUUUUCUACAAUCUGGACAGGCUCAGGACCAUGGCCAGCCCACUCAGAGAGCUGCCAAGAGGCCCAGUAGGUCAAAUACUAUGCCUGGAAAAAGAGGUUCUGGUCCUGGAGAGAAACCGACUCCUCCUGUCGCCUCAGUUGAGCUGCUACUUCAGCUGGGGUUUCCCUGACAACACUUGUGCUUUUGGAAACUAUUCCACUGACAAGACUUUUGGGGUGUGCGAGAGCUUGUCCGACUGGGGGGAGACGCUGUGUGCUGCCUGCCCCAACCCGACAACAGUGGUGACUGCAGGAUCAAGCACCGUCGUCUGUGUUUGGGAUGUGGCCAUCAACAAGGACAAACUGACUCACAUGAAGCUGCGACAGCCGUUGUACGGUCACACAGAUGCGGUGACCUGCCUCACCACCUCUGAGGUCCACAGCUUGAUCGUAAGCGGCUCUCGGGACCUGACCUGCAUCCUGUGGGAUCUGGAGGAGCUCAGAUACGUCACUCAGCUGGUGGGACACAAAAGCAGCGUCUCAGCACUCGCCAUAAAUGAGCUCACAGGUGAGAUUGCAUCCUGCGCUGGACCUCUGCUGUACCUGUGGAGCAUGAAGGGUCAGCUGCUGGCCUGCAUAGACACCAUGAGCGGGCCUGGAGCGGACAUCCUCUGUGUCGCCUUCACGCAGAAGGACGAGUGGGACAGCAGGAAUGUGGUAGUCACGGGCUGCGCCGAUGGUGUCAUUCGGAUAUGGAGGACGGAAUACGCCAGAACACAAUUACCUGGCCCUCCAGAAGAGCCCGCGUCCCCAGGGCAUGACCAAACAGCACAGGCUGAGCGAGACGCAGCGCGUGGCUGGAGGAGACACCUGGUGCUGUGUCAGGAGCUGAGCAGAAGCCAGACGCAGUCCACACGGCGUUCCAAAGUGAACCCCGCCAUCACCGCCCUCGCCAUGUCCAGGAGCCACGUUACUCUUUUGGCAGGCGAUGCCUGGGGGAGAGUUUUCACUUGGAUCAGUGAGUAAGAGGUUAUUAAGGCGAGUGUAACUUGCUGUAAGAGUUAGCUGUUACACCGGUGUCCAUCUGUAGCACAGGCCAUACACCCGGACCAUUUGCUGCUGAGGUGUCAUGUCGAUGCCAGAUCUGCACUGCACUUAUCAGAUUCAACCAUGUAGCACUCAAAAAAUGAUUUGUUCUCAGGUGUUAUUGGGCAACAGCACUAGCUGUACGUGCUGUAUGUGCUAGUGCUGUAUUUGACGUUACAAUGUUUGCCUGAUCAGAAAUUUAAAUUUAAGAUAACCUUAAUUUAGAUUCACUUCUUGUAAAUAAUGUACAAAAAAUGAAAUAAAAGAUGCAGUGAUU